AUGUCAUACGGACAUCCCGAAGGCACCGUCCGCUUCCACUUCUAUCAAACCUUCGAGAUUAAUCCGAACUUCUUGCGAGAGAAGACUUCUAUGAUCCAGUUUAAAGAAGCUUGCCUACCACCCGAGAACUCGCCGAAGCGAGGGGGGCGCAUGACUUACGGACAUCCCGAAGGCACCAUCCGCUUCCACUUCUAUCAAACCUUCGAGAUUAAUCCGAACUUCUUGCGAAAGAAGACUUCUAUGAUCCGUGAUCGGAUCAAAGAACUCGGACCCAUCUAG